AUGAUCACUCUUCCCGAUACCUCAACCUACGACAAUAAUAUUGCCACCUCAGCUGAAACCCUUAUUCUACUUCUCGUUGCUGAUCCGAUAGUCACUGUUGAAGACCUUAAGAAACUUAACAACAAGAGAGUGGAAUUUGAACGUUUUCGCUUCUCUAAAAUUGAUAUGAUUCCAUUGAUUAAAUAUCAGAUAGAGACUAAGAAAGCUACAGGAACUACUCUUGUGAUUGCAGCAGAUGGCAAAGGAUUCAUCAAAAAGAUGUUACGUAAGUUUCAAAAAGCGUUUGGUGAAUACAGAAGUGAUUUGGAUGACGUUAAUGAGAGAUUUAUUCCUGGAUCGUAUAAGUUCUCCAUUCCAAUCAACGACGAGUCUAGAAUCCAAGUGUACGCUAUCGAGGAUCGAGACGAAAGUGAUCGAUGGAAAAUUGUUAUCAAACCAGUGUCUGAAGUUUUGGGAUUAUGA